AUGGGACUCACAUAUGGAUUGGACUAUGAAGGGAAUGUGUGUGGUAGCAAGCAUCGUCACCGUGACCUUAACCAACUCGAGCUUAGAUACUGGUUAAACCCUAACCAGGUUUAUGAAAGUGGUUUGAAAGAUGGAGAGCUCAAAUUGGCUAACGCUAGGACCAUCUGUCUCUUGGACUGCCCUGCACCUUCAGAUGAUACUCUCAACUGGGUCUGUGACUAUCCUGACGGCGAGAUUCGUCUCAAGAUGAAUGAUUGGAUCGACAGGAACUACGACUACUUUGAGUUUCUUACUCCAGAAAUGAGGAACUCAUCUCUUCAGCUUCAGGGUCCUUGUUACCCUGUAAUAUUCCCUAGUGUGAAUGUUUACUGGAGCUGUCAAUAUAUUGCUCGCGCUUCGAAUUCAUCGCUGCGCCACUGGCAGCAGAUGGGUGGUGUAGAGAUUCAAGAAGACAUGAUCAUAGACAAAUCGAUCCGAAGAUCAUUGAAUUCUCGGGCAUCGGUUCUAAAGCGUUAUGUAGCUGAUAUUGGCAAGUCAUGGCCUGUGUUGAUUGUUUGUGGAGGCCUUGUCCCACUCCAUAUGGACUCAAAAAUGCUUAUAUCUUCUGUAGCUGGAUGGAUUGGGAAUGAUGCUGUAACACCUAUUAUCGGUGAGCAUGACCCAUACUUUCAUGUGUAUGGUCGAGAGCUGACUCAUGUCCGUGGAGUCGCCAUUCUCAUGACUUUUAUCUCAGUUGUUGCUAUCCUCACUUCAAUCGCCAUCAUCCGCCGUAUCCUCAUGGCAACAUCAGUCCUCAAGGUAGCUGCUAAAGUAAUAGGAGAAGUGCAUGCGCUGAUUAUUUUCCCGGCGAUACCGUACGCGAUGCUUGCGGUGUUCUAUAUGUUCUGGCUAUCGGCGGCUCUCCAUCUAUUCAGUUCCGGUCAAGUUGUUCCGAACAACUGCAACAACACCAACUGUUGCGCCUAUGAUCUCGUGUUGAAGAAAGUGAACUGUGACCAUUGCUGCGGUUACAGCAUACGUUACACUCCUCACAUCACCAUUGCCAUAUUCUUCCACCUGUUUGGUUGCUAUUGGGCCACACAGUUCUUCGUUGCGUCUUCAGCGACAGUGAUUGCUGGCUCUGUUGCUUCCUAUUAUUGGGCUCAAGGGGAAGCAUCGCCAGAGAUACCGUUUCUUCCUGUUUUCGCCUCAAUGAAGCGGCUUGCACGCUACAACCUAGGAUCCGUGGCUCUUGGUUCACUCAUUGUCUCUUUUGUUGAGUCUGUUCGGUUCAUUCUCGAAGCGAUUCGUCGUAGAACUAAAGUAAGCGGGACCACACCCGAUCACUGGUUUUGGAGGAUGGGGCAUUACACUUCACGUGGUUGUCUCAAAAGCGUUGAGUGGACUAUCAAGUCUGUUAACCGCAAUGCCUACAUAAUGAUUGCUAUAACAGGGAAAAGCUUCUGCAAAUCGUCUGCAAUCGCGACAGAGCUGAUCAUAAACAACAUUAUGAGGAUAGGCAAGGCAUGUUGGGCUUUGGGGUAUAUUGUGGCGACACUUUUCUUUGCGGUGGUUGAGAUGUCGAUAGACACAAUCAUACUCUCCUUCUGUCAAGACUCAGAGGAGAAUCAAGGGAAUGCUCAGCACGCGCCUCCUCUUCUGCUUGAGACUUUAGAUAGCAAUCAGGAGGAAGAGGUUCAGAGACUUACCCACUGA